GCUAGACAGACAUCCAGCACCUCUGCGUUUCACAAGUCUCCAGAAGUUUAGUAUCUGAGAGACAUGAACGUGGAGUGCAUCAACUUUGGAAGGAGAAAAUAGGUGUCCGGGUCUUCCCCACAGCAACACUCAUGGCGACUUCCUCACUCAUGCCUUAUUGAUGCCAAAGACUACCAAAGCCGACCUGUCUCGAAAUCUUGAUCUCUCUUGUCCAUAGUAAUAACACCAUUGUUACCGGUAUUCAAUUAUCACCCUAUCCUACUUCGACAUGUGCUCCCCAGGCCUUCACAACUACAGAAACGUCGAUGAGCUGGAACAUGACCGUGUCAUUCAUGUUGCUGGGAUUGGGGGUUUGCAAGUCCAGAAUCUCACGGACGAGCAGAAGGUCGCUCUGCAGGGCCAUAUGGACGAGAGGGAUUCAAGUCCUAUCGAGGAUCCAGAAUCCCAGCAACCCAGUCCUGUCUCUCCCGCUUUAGAGCCAGUCAGGCCUAAUCCAGCUCCCGCAUCAAUGCUCGCCAGCACCACGUCUGUUACAUCAUCGACUACUCACGCGCUACUAUGCUGCGAUCCGCUACCCCUGCCGAGAUAUCCAGCCUACCCAGACCUCACACCUCGAGCCAUACGUGAACUGUCGGGUGGUCCAGAGAAUGUGGUAUACUGGAUGAUGAAGACCUUCUUCAAGCCGUCACUCAAGUACAAGUACAGAUGCUUGUUUGUACCCUUCACAAGAGGCGGACUUGAAUACCUCAGAGACGCCAUUCAAGAUCCCCGCCUCUCGUUCUACAUCGAGAAAGUCAAGUUUGAUGGCAGGCAUCUCGAAGCCAUUACUGAUGUCACCAACCUUAGUGGACAGCUGGCUCUCAUGGACGAAAUACUGGCAAUACUCAUGACACAGUCUGUAAGCCAAAGGAUACCCAUCAACCGUGCUCUGAGUCUGCUCAUCGCGUCCAUGAAAUGUCUGUGUCUCGACAAGCGAGACGUGAUGGUCACAUAGAACGUGCAACCGGCUCCAUCUGACAAGGACAAGAAAGCAGUAAGAGCGUCUUGUUCUGUAUCGAACAAAGCACUCUGCCUGCCGGACCCCAAUGAUCGAAAUUUCAAGCUCAGAUUCGACUGGCGUCUGGAGUCUGGCAGGAAGGCCACUAUCAUACCAGCAUACAAUCCGCCACAA